AUGUCGUUACGAAGACACUCUUCCACCGACCAGGAUGUAUUAUCGGAGAUUCUAAGGUCGGUAAAAUCAUUUGAUAUAAGAUUAAAACAAAUUGAAAACGAAAGGCGUUCGCCGCAUCGUAGUCGUUCCAGACAUAGAUCGAAAACAUGGCGAAAUCGCUCGUUUUCUCGCCGUUUGAAUUCGUCUGAUAGCAGUGGUGGUUCUGGCGCCAGAACCUACCACCGAGAUGAUCGUGAAAGAGUGAGACGGAAGGGCUCACGUCAUCGUCGCCGGGUGCUGCCGACAUCAUCGUCCUCUAACUCUAGUAGAUCGCCGUCAAGGGAGAGAGGGGACUUGGCGCAACCGAAUGUAAAUAAACAUCUGGUGGAGGUCGUUGACGAUGUACAUAUGAUCUCAGAAAACGAUUUGCAUCCAGUUGGUGGUAUGGAUCUCCAAGAGCCCCCAAACAAACAGCUGCAGGCUCUUUUGGGCGAUGAGUGUGAAACUCCGAUUCUUUUUGCGCCAUCAUUACAUAAUGAUAUUGCCAGCCGCUGGAAUGUUAUAUUAAGGAAGGGUUUGGACUUGGACAAAAGGAAGGAGGUUAUAGCUAAGUACGCUCCACCAGAAAACUGUAAAAAUGUUUUGCCUCCUAACCUUAACCUUCAUGUUAAAGGAGCAUUAACAGACUCGAAUGAGAGAAGGGAUGCUCGUCUUUCCAGUUUACAGAGCCAGGUGGGUGCCGGAAUUGCAGCUAUUGGCAAGGUCUUAUCUAGCCUUUAUGAAAAAGGCGAGGAAAGAGAUAAGGAGAAUAUUCAAGCGCUUAGUGAUGCAGGUCGCAUUCUGGCGGACGUUCAUUACCAGGAGACUAUAUCUCGUAGAGAUCUGGUGUUGUUAAACAUCAACAAGGAUUUAAGGGACACGCUUUCAGAAUCCCCUCCCGAUGAAUGGCUUUUUGGUGGUAAUUUGGAGGAGGCAAUUAAGGCCAAGAAGACCAUUGACAUUUCCAGCCAGCAGCUAAGAUCCAAGAAGGGGGUUGUCAAAUCGGGGAGCUUACAGGAGUGGACCGCCGCAGCCUCGACAAGCUCCGCGACCAAGGACCCAGUUCCGGAAAAAACCAGAUCAGUGGCAGAUGAGAAAGGACAGGCGUCACUAGAGGCAAGUAAAUAUGCAGGUCGCUUAAAAUUUUUUAUAAAUAGGUGGAAAGAUAUUACCAAGGAUAACGUUGUUUUAUCUUGGCUGGAAGGUUAUUCCAUUCCCCUUAUAAGUAUGCCUAAUCAAACCUAUGUAUGCGCUGAACAUAAAUGGUCUCCCUUGGAGAGGCUUGUAAUAAAACACUCUGUAAAUGACCUUUUGUUAUCUGGUGCAAUUAGUUCUGCAUCUCCAUGUGAGAAUCAAUUUGUGUCAAACAUUUUUCUAGUGCCAAAGACCGAUGGGUCAUAUAGGCUUGUUUUAAACUUGAAAAAUUUUAAUAGGUUUGUGAAAACUAAACACUUCAAAAUUGAGGACAGGAAAACUGUCUCUAGUUUAAUUAUACCCAAUUGCUACAUGGCCACGGUGGACCUUAAGGAUGCAUACCUGCUUGUCCCGAUAAGAGAAGGUCAUAGGAAAUAUUUAAGGUUCUUUUUUGAGGGCUCUUUAUACCAAUAUAAUUCCUUGCCUUUCGGUUUAAGCUCCGCUCCUUUUGUAUUUACAAAAAUAAUGAGGCCUGUUGUAUCAUUCUUGCGAGAGAGAGGCUAUACUUCGGUGAUUUAUUUAGACGAUAUCUGGCUGCUGGGUAACUCAUUUGAUGAGUGUUUAGAAAAUGUUCAGACAACCGUUGGGCUAUUAGAAUUUCUGGGAUUUGUGAUUAAUUAUAAAAAAUGUUGUUUAAUACCAUCUCAGCGCUGCACAUACUUGGGAUUUACAUAUAAUUCUCUCUCUAUGUUGUUGGGCCCUACAGAUAGGAAACGCAAAUAUUUAAUGGACUGUGUUUUGAAGAUUACUAAGAAAAAAUCUUGUAAAAUACGGGAAUUAUCUCAGUUGAUCGGCAAACUCGUUGCUGUUUGUCCGGGCAUUAAAUAUGGUUUUCUUUACACUAAAAUCUUAGAACGUGCAAAAUUUUUAGCUCUUAGAAAAUCAGGAGGUAAUUAUAACGCCAUUAUGACCUUGCCCGAAUCUAUUCUUAUUGACUUAAGAUGGUGGACUGACCACUUACCUCUGGCGACAAACUCCAUUCGAGUUGAUUCGUUUUGUCUUGAAAUUUUUUCGGAUGCAUCCUUGACAGGAUGGGGUAUAUAUCAAAAAGACUCCAGGUGCAGCUAUGGGUUUUGGUCGGAGGCUGAGGCUCACUUCCACAUUAAUUACUUGGAAUUGCUGGCAUUAUUUUUUGGUUUAAAAUGUUACGCGGGACAUUUAAAAGAUUGCCAUAUAUUGUGCAGAGUUGAUAACACUACGGCAAUGGCCUAUGUUAAUCGGAUGGGUAGUAUUCAACAUCCUAACCUUAAUGCUCUUGCCAGAGAAAUUUGGCAGUGGUGCGAGCAGAAAAACAUUUAUAUUCGUGCUGCGUACAUUCCAUCAGUGGAUAAUGUGGAAGCGGAUAUAGCCUCUCGACAACUUAAAAUAGAAACGGAGUGGAGCUUGUCUAAUUAUGCUUUUCAUAAAAUUGUAGAAACUUUUGGUGUUCCAACCAUUGACCUUUUUGCUAGUCGAUUGAAUAAAAAAUGCAAAAGAUUUGUAUCUUGGUUGAGGGAUCCAGAGGCAUGCUCCGUUGAUGCCUUCACCAUAUGUUGGCAAGGCCUGGAAUUUUAUGCUUUUCCGCCCUUUUCUUUAGUACUUAAAGUUUUGCAAAAAAUUGUUUGUGAUCAAGCGGAGGGUAUUGUUGUGGCACCCUUCUGGCCCUCUCAGCCAUGGUAUCCCCUGUUUUUAUCUCUAUUGAACUCCUCACCCGCUAUCCAAAGACCUUUCCCUGGUGGUCGGGAGGUUGUCCUGGAAGCGCUCAGGUUGAAAAAAGUACCAGCUCAGUCUUUGGAUAUAUGUGUCGCCUCCGUUACAACUGCAACCAUUAAUCAGUAUGCGUCUGGUUUAAAGGCUUGGUGGGAGUUCUGUCAGGCAAAGAAACUGGAUCCUUAUACUGUGGAGGUCGCGAACGUCUUAAUAUUUUUAGCCGAGCUUUUUAAUAAGGGGGCCUCUUAUAGCCUUUUAAACACCUAUAGAUCGGCUAUCGCACAAAUUUCUGGCCCAGAAUUGGCCCAGGAUUUUCGCUUAAAACGAUUUUGUAAGGGUGUUUUUGGUCUUAGACCUACGCGUCCCAAGUAUGAGUUCUCUUGGGAUCCUGCGCAGGUUUUGGAUUUUGUCCGUAGCUUAGAGACCAGCUCAAUAUCAUUGGAGUUACUUUCGCUAAAAUGUUGCAUAUUAUUGGCGUUGGCUACGGGACAGCGCAUUCAGACUUUACAUAAUAUUGAGAUUUUGAAUAUUCAGGUUUUGGACAAACAAAUUUGUAUUAAGGUCCCUAGUCGCUUAAAGACUUCCGGUUAUAAUAAGUCCCAGCCUUUUUUAAUUAUUCCAUUUUUUGACAAUGAUACAAAUAUUUGUGUAGCUAGAACGCUAGUUGCUUACUUGGAAAGAACCCGAGAAUUAAGAGGUUCUUGCCAGUACUUAUUCAUAACUUUUAAGAAACCUCACCAUAGGGCCACAAGACAGACCAUAGGGCGUUGGUUAAAAAAUAUCUUAAGAUCUAGUGGAAUAGAUACUAACACCUUUUCUGCUCAUAGUACCCGGCAUGCGGCUACCUCAGCAGCGGCUAGAAAGGGAAUUAGUUUCGAUACCAUAAGACUAGCUGCUGGUUGGUCGGAACGCUCAAGAACGUUCGCUACGUUUUAUAAUAGACCGUUAGCGCCUGAGAGCUCAUUUGCUAGAGCUGUCCUUUCAUCGGAUUAA